GUGCCUACCUGGUCCCAUACCUUGUCCUGCUCAUCAUCAUUGGGCUCCCCUUGUUCUUCCUGGAGUUGGCAGUGGGACAGCGAAUCCGUCGGGGCAGCAUUGGGGUCUGGAACUACAUCUGCCCUCGCCUGGGAGGGAUUGGCUAUGCCAGUUGUCUUGUGUGUUUCUUUGUUGGCCUCUAUUACAAUGUCAUCAUUGGUUGGAGCAUCUUCUACUUCUUCAAGUCUUUCCAGUAUCCUCUUCCCUGGAGUGAGUGUCCCAUCGUGAAGAAUGGCUCAGUGGCUGUUGUGGAGACAGAGUGUGAGAGGAGCUCAGCCACCACCUACUUCUGGUACCGAGAGACCUUGGACAUCUCCAACUCCAUCUCAGAGAGUGGAGGCCUCAACUGGAAGAUGACUGUGUGUCUGCUGGUGGCCUGGAGCCUUGUUGGCUUGGCCAUGAUCAAAGGCAUCCAGUCCUCAGGGAAGGUGAUGUACUUCAGCUCCCUCUUCCCCUACCUGGUGCUGGUUUGCUUCCUGGUGCGAGGUCUUCUGCUGCGUGGGGCAGUGGAUGGGAUCAUGCACAUGUUCACACCCAAGCUGGAUAAGAUGUUGGACCCUCAGGUGUGGCGAGAAGCAGCCACACAAGUCUUCUUUGCCCUGGGCUUGGGCUUUGGGGGAGUCAUUGCCUUCUCCAGCUACAACAAGCAGGACAACAACUGCCACUUUGAUGCCACCCUGGUCUCCUUCAUCAACUUCUUCACGUCUGUCCUGGCCACCCUGGUGGUGUUUGCUGUGUUGGGCUUCAAGGCCAACAUCAUGAAUGAGAAAUGUGUGGUGGAGAAUGCGGAGAAGAUCUUGGGCUACCUGAACACCAACGUGCUGAGCCAUGACCUCAUCCCACCCCACGUGAACUUUUCCCACCUCACUGCCAAAGACUACCAGGAGAUGUACAAGGUGAUCAUGACAGUGAAGGAAGGACACUUCAAGGAGCUGGGCUUGGACGCCUGUCUGCUGGAGGAUGAACUCAACAAGUCAGUGCAAGGAACUGGCCUGGCCUUCAUUGCCUUCACUGAAGCCAUGACCCAUUUCCCAGCCUCACCCUUCUGGUCUGUCAUGUUCUUCCUGAUGCUGAUCAACCUGGGCCUGGGCAGCAUGAUAGGAACCAUGUCAGGCAUCACCACCCCCAUCAUCGACACCUUCAAGGUGCGCAAGGAAGUGUUCACAGUUGGUUGCUGCAUCUUUGCCUUCGUGGUGGGACUGAUCUUUGUGCAGCGCUCGGGGAACUACUUUGUCACCAUGUUUGAUGAUUACUCAGCCACUUUGCCACUCACUGUCGUGGUCAUCCUGGAGAACAUCGCUGUGGCCUGGAUUUAUGGCACUAAGAAAUUCAUGCAGGAGCUGACAGAAAUGUUGGGUUUCAGGCCCUACCAGUUCUAUUACUACACCUGGAAGUACGUGUCCCCCAUCUGCAUGGCUGUGCUGAUGACUGCCAGCAUCAUCCAGUUGGGAGUCAGCCCUCCAGGGUACAGUGCUUGGAUCAGAGAGGAGGCUGCUGAGAAGUUCCUCUUCUACCCAACAUGGGCCAUGGCCAUCCUCAUCUCUCUGAUCAUCUUGGCCUCCCUCCCUCUGCCCUUGGUCUUCAUCCUCAGGCAGUUCCACCUGGUGUCGGACGGCUCCAACGCCCUCUCUGUCACCUACAAGAAGGGUAGGAUGAUGAAGGACAUCUCCAACUUGGAAGACAACGAUGAGACACGUUUCAUCCUGAGCAAAGUGCCCAGUGAGACGCCGUCCCCCAUGCCCACGCACCGUUCCUACCUGGGGCCUGGGGGCAACUCCCCCAUGGAGAUGAGCAGUGCUCCCAACGGACGUUACGGGAGUGGUUACCUCUUGGCCAGCACUCCUGAGUCUGAACUGUGA